AUGGAUCUGGAAGACCUCGGAGGUCCCGCCCGACGACCCGCUCCUGUCAAUCCUCGCUCGCGGAAUGCACCGGGCAGAGCAGCGGUUGACGGGGAGGCGGAGGUUCCGCCCGCCGCGUCCGGGGCCAUCGCCAUGGCCGGCAUCGACAUCGUGGCGGAAGAGGACGGCAGCGUGGUGUCGGACGGCAACAUGGUCGCGCAGAUGGCCGCCAUGGGCUACACGGGUGGCAGGCUGGCCGGAGACCUGGGGGGCGCGGCCCCGCAGCAGGCCGCGCAGGGCCACAGACUGCACGGAGACGGGGCGCCGCGGGCGCCGCGCAGCCGCGAGGAGAUGGAGGCCGCCCAGGCCGCAGCCCGCGGCUCGCGGCCGGCGGUCGGCGGCGAGGAGAUGACGCCGGCACAGAAGCGCGCGGCCCGGAAGGCAGCCGCGCCGCCCGCGCUCGACCUGACGAUGCAGCUGCGGGACCUGAUGGCAGGCCACUUCGAGGGGAUGACUGGCGCGUCGCAGGCGGCUAAGGCCUGCUCGAUCGUAGAGGCCAAGGCGGACGUGCUGGCGACAGACAGCGAGGACGGAGGCGGCGGUCUUAAUGCGCUGAUGUUCGUCGUUCAGCGCGCCGCCGACCCAGAUCUCAUCACCCGGCUCCUCCGGGCAAAGGCCGAUGUCAACGCAUCAAACAUGCUGGGUUUCACGGUCAUGCACAGUUUCGCCUCUCGGACAUCUAAGGACGCGGCGACGCCCAUCAUACUCGGAGAACUCUUGAGCGCGGGUUGUCAGCCUCUUGUCCCCUUGCAGGCUCUUAAUGGACUGAGCCCGCUACACGUGGCAGCUGGCUUCCUCGACGCGGAGUUGUGCUCGAUGUUGAUUCGGGCUCGUGCGAAUCCCUCUGCAAAAGGGCCUGGUGGCGCGACACCUUUGGAUUGGGCUCAGAAGCGCAAGCCAGAUUUCAGACAACUCCUUGCGCUCGAAUGUGCUCUCAAGCCUUGA